UGCCAGCUCCCCAGUAAUUGAUUUGUAUUAUGAGACUGUUCCAUCAACUUUUUAAAUGCAUUCGAGUUCUAAAUAACGGGGCAAAUAUAUCCAAAUGUGUAAGCUUGGCCAGUCGAUACCCAGUUAUUAAGGGACACAGAUUUUCACCGGAAAACAGGUUACACUUGUCUCGAAAGUUCACAAUGAGCUUAGAAAGAAAGUCGAGUCAACUGCGGAGUAAUACCACUGGAACAAACCGGCUAGACUUGAAGGAGGUUGUGAAGAGAAUUGAGGCCAAGGCACCAACGUUUCUGGCUGAGAGUUGGGACAAUGUGGGCCUCCUUGUGGAACCUUCUUCCCCCCAUGAUGUAGGAAAGAUUCUUCUGACCAAUGAUCUGACUGAGCCCGUCCUUGAAGAAGCUAUCCGGGAAAAAGCCGAUGUGAUAUUUUCCUAUCACCCUCCAAUAUUCACUCCACUGAAACGUCUCACCCAGAAGGCAGUGAAGGAGCGUAUCAUAGUGAAGUGUAUAGAAAAUAGGAUAGCUGUUUAUUCACCUCAUACAGUUUACGAUGCUCUCGAAGAUGGCGUGAAUUAUUGGCUGGCACAGGCAUUUGAGAAACAUGGGAUCACCAACAAGUGUCCCAUCUCUGGGAAGCACUACAACUCGCAUCUCUGCCGUGGCUCACAAAGGCUUGAAGUCACUGUGCCAAAUCACAGUGCAGAGGAGAUGCGAAAACAACUUGCCAGUGUUUGCUGUUCUGACGUAGAGAUGUCGACAAAGUCAACUGAUGGUACUGCAGUUCGUCUCUCCUAUAAUGUUACUCAAGAAGGUCUCACUAAGGCAGUCCAGUUUCUCCAAGAUGGUGGCAGCGAUUUGGCAUCGAAGACAGAGGUGAUUCAGCUACAAAAGCCACCGUACCCUGGAGCUGGAAUAGGUCUCAUUUUUGAUGUGAAUCAACCCAUCAGCCUGGAGGAAGCAGUGACUCAUGUGAAGCAACAUAUUGGUGUGGAACGUGUCCGUUUGUCAAUAGGGAAUGGAUGUACCAUGGCAUCACCCAUCAAAAGUGUGGCAUGUUGUGCAGGCUCAGGCAGCAGCGUGCUACGUGGGACAGGAGCUGAUCUCUACCUAACAGGCGAGAUGUCACACCAUGAGCUGCUAGACGCAACUUCCCAAGGAACCAACGUAAUUCUGUGCGAACACAGCAACUCAGAACGAGGAUUCUUAAAAACUUUGCUCAAGAGGUUCAGUGAGGAUUUUUCUGAUGUCAAAAUGGAUAUUGUUGUAUCAUGUAUGGAUGUGGAUCCUGUUACUAUUGUGUGAUGUCGGACAUGGACGCUCCCGUUGACAAAAGUAAUGACUGACCAAUUUAGGUCAUUUGUGUAUACAUGGUAUGUCACAUGGUGUAUCACAUGGUAUAUCACGUCCAUUCAAUUCUGUCAUCUGUAUGUGGAAUGACAAUAAAACACAAGUAAAUAAGA